UGUGGUCACAUGACACAAACUGAAGAUGUCUGCGACAGAGGAGGACACGGAACUUAGAGACCUGCUGAUCCAAAACUUGGAAAACAGUGGUGUUUUGAAUAAAAUCAAGGCAGAGCUGCGUGCUGCUGUUUUUCUUGCCCUAGAGGAACAAGACAAAGUAGAGAACAAAACCCCUCUUGUGAAUGAAAACCUGAAAAAGUCCCUAAAUACAAAGGAUGGACGCUUGGUAGCAGGUCUGAUCACUGACUUCCUGCAGGUCUUCAAUUUAGACUUCACCCUCGCUGUGUUUCAACCUGAAAUUAACACGCUGAAUGGACUUGACAGUCGUGAAAGUCUCUUGGAGGAGCUUGGCAUCUCUGAAUCGGAGGUGAACAGAAACACCCCUCUCCUGCUGGAACUGGUUAAGAGGAGCCGUCAUAAGGACAAGACCUCAAUUUUCACAGAGGGAGGCCGAGUGGCAACUUUUCCCAAGGAAUUGUUGCCCUGUCAAAUUGCUGAAGCCCGCAAAAAAUUUGACUUUCAUGACAAGGACAAAAGUGACGAGAUAAAUAGGGACGCAGUUAUUGCCAUUUUCGCUGAUCUUUUUCCCCAGUUCAGCAGAAACAUGCUGGAAAAUUAUGUCACUGAGGAACUCGGAGCUAAAGGCAAGGAUACAAAUAGUACUAUGGACUUUCAGGCAUUCCUGGGAAUGUACAAAUGCUUCUUCAUACAGUGUCGGAGUGUGGUCACUAAUGACUAUAGAGAAACCCUUCACUCCUCGAGUAAAACUACUGAAGAUAGAAUCAUAUCAUCUUCCGCCAGCAAGAUACCCAGGUAUAAAGGAUUUGUUAAGCACAGUUCAGCGCAGGAAGAGAAGGCUGACUCAAAGACUGCGGACAGAAGUCAUGGUGAAACACUGGGGUGUCAUAAGAGCAGAGGGUCUGUUCAAGAGCUUGAUGGGUCAGAAGAAGGAUUGGGUGAUUGGAGGAGCGCACCCACCCCACUGAGGAGAGCACUGGAUCUUGGACUGGAGGAUGAGGAUGAGGAAGGAGACUCAUUCUUUGAUGAUCCUCUUCCUAAACCUCAGAAGACCUAUGGCUGUAGUUUACCUUCUGCAGAUAAGCCUUAUUCAGGGCAGAGGCAUUCUGAAAAAAGCAGUAGUCAGAAAGAUCACCACUGGCAGAGGGAAGGAAGCCUGCCAGGGCGAUCCUUAUCCCAAAUGAAGAGGGGCACUAGCCUCAUUGACCUGUCUGCUAUAGGCAGUGAUAAAGAGGGCGAUGCAGAGGACAUGCUUUCUGAUUGUCAUAACAGGCCCAGCCCUGACUUUGAACCCAGGAGAGACCACUCGGGCAGCAUUUCAGGGAAAGCACUCUCAGCAGACGUACAUUUGAAGAACACAGGAGGAUCCAUCUCUGUUGAGAGCAGCCAGAGAUAUCAUGUGUCCAACAAGAAUGGUACCUCUAGUUCUAAAGAUAAAAGGGUCAAAGAUUUUCAAGCACAAAAUGAGAAAUCCGGAUCCCCUUUGCUAGAUGAAGAUGUUGACUAUGACGAUGACUUCAACAGUCAUCGCUCUGAAAACUCUAAGAGUGAAGUGAGCAUCGAUGAGGAAAUUGAGGAGGUCUCAAUAGAGGGGCCUGACAUUAGUGAAAAGUUUGAUGAAACCACUCAGGAUGUGAGUGUCUCGCAGAUAAGCUUGGGUGCCGACUACAUGGAAGAUGUUGCGUGACCUCUAACCCCUGUCAGCCCCUUAUUUGGUACUUUAUGUAUUUAUGGAUUUAAUUGUGUUGACAAUAAAAAAUGAACAACCAUGUGA